CGGAUAGUGCGGUGACAUCAGCUCAGAAAAAUGUGUGUGCGCGUGUAUCUGCGAGUGUGUUUUGUGUGUGUCUAGCGGCAGAAUCGUCGAGCCGGGGGGAGAGGGAAAAGGCGUUUCCAUUCUCAAACCGGCGAGACUGUACACAAGAACUCUUCAGUGGAUGGACCGAGCGACCUGUCUGGAAACAAACUGCCGAAAUACAUCGCAUUCCAUCAGCAAUAAGCAUUAUCAAACACCAUUAUUCAUCAAUAGAAUUCAGCCGAGGGAAUAGUUAGCUAACCUAUACAUUUAGAACCUAACGUGUUAGUCACGAGAGGGUUUUGCAAGUGGAUUUGUCUGCAUCAGAACAAAAACUCAAAACAAACGCAUACAGGUAUCCCUGGAUAAAGAAAAUCCUCCCGCGUGCUGUGUAGAGCAUCUCUCCGUCUCGUUCUCCCAUACACCCGCCUGGAGCCAUGUCGGAGUACAGCUCUAUGCUGAGCGACCUGUCUGAGAUCAUCACCGCGGAGGACCUGGAGAUGCUGAAGAGCGCCUGCAAGGAGGACAUCCCCGAGGACCAGAGCACCGGCAUCACCUGCUCCAACGACUGGUUCAGCUACCUGGAGAAGAACCACAAACUGGCACAGGAUAACCUGUCCUACAUCGAGCACAUCUUCGAGAUCUCGCGCCGGCCUGACCUGCUGACGCGAGUCAUCGAGUACCGCACCACUGUGCUGAAGAUCUCAGAGGACUACGAGAUGGACACCAAACUCACACGCAUUCCCUCCGCGAAGAAGUACAAAGAUAUAAUCCGACAACCCUCUGAAGAUGAGAUCAUCAAGCUGGCUCCUCCCCCUAAGAAAGUGUGAUGUCACAGGUCCUAAUAGUGAUGUCACAGGUCUUUAUUGUGAUGUCACAUGUCCUUAUAUUUUCACUCCAACCCUUCAUCAGACAACCUGCCUCCCCCCCACCCCCCGUUACGCUUGCACGUCCCU